AUGGCGUCGAGAACCGGCAACACAAAGGAUCCAAUCGUUGAAGAAGAUUCUUUCCAUCGUUCCAAAUCGGAUCCAGAACCAUCUCACGGUCCUGGAACUUCUCCACACGAACGAUUUCUCAAACGCGGCGGAAAGCGACUCGAAUUGCUCUUCGAAGACUGCGUCCGGUGGUGCGUGAGUUAUCUCGAAGCCGUACCGUGGACGGAGGAAGAAGAAAUUGGAGUCGUAAACCUAAUUCCUUUUCUGAGCGAAGAAGAAUCGAAAGAACUCGUAGCUAGGGUUUCACCUGUAGGAGAAAACGCAUGCGAGGAUUAUUGA